AGUGUAGAUCUCAGUUUUGACUAAUUUCUGCAACUUCAUUUCAUGCUUAAUUUAUUUCAUUUGAGUUCCGGUUGAAAAACAACUAGUUUGUCUUUUUGAAGUUUUUUUGUCUCUCAGAACAUUAUUUAUUCAAGUGUUUGAGUUAGAGAGAAAACUGCAGCAUUUUUAAGUUUAGUAUUGAUUCAGCAUUUUUAGUGAGUCAAGCAUCCUUGCUGGGUUGCCUCAGCAACCGUGUGGGUCCACUGAAAGUCUGGGAUCAUAUGCACAUAGAAGAAUACAUUGAAGAAGAUGAGGAACCACCUUUGCUGCUCAACUUUCGUCCUUCUCGCGGUGAUAGGCUGUGGUGGGACUGCAGUGGUGCAGUGUCGGUGGGGAGAAGCGUGUGUGUGUUUGCAAUGCCCUGCAGGACAGGAGCCAUCCAAGGCUUGUAGGCAGAUCCAGAGUUCAGCUGAAGACGUGAAAUGUCAGUUCUGCCCACCUGGGAGCUUUUCAGAUACAGUCGACUCUGAGCUCUGCCGUCCGCACACAUCCUGUGAGAUCCUGGGCAGAAACGUUUCAGUGUCUGGCACUCUGACCUCAGACGCUAUCUGUGGCGACUGUCUGCCUGGAUUUCUUUCUCCUGAUGGAGGACAAGUUUCCACUAAAAGCGGUUGCAUAAAAACUGAAUUGCAUGUCAGAAAGAUUCGCACUGUGGGAAAAGGUUCCUCUAAUGGGGCAGGAGGACCAGCCAAUAGUACGGUGGUUCGAAGCGCCGAGGAAAAGACGGCAGAGUACGCUGUGUUCGCGUUGGUGCCUGUCUUUUGCAUAAUGGGCCUGUUGGGCAUCCUGAUCUGCAACAUCUUGAAGAAGAAGGGAUACAACUGCACUGCUGAGAAGGAGGGGAGAGACGAAGAGACUGCUACACCUCAGAAAGAAGGUCACAACUGCCCCUACAUAUCUGAUGACCUGAAUGAAGACACAAUCAGUGUUCUGGUUCGCCUCAUAACAGAGAAGAAAGAAAAUGCUGCUGCACUGGAGGAACUGCUGCUGGAGUAUGAGAGCAAACAGAUGAGCAAAGGCUCAUCAAUCAAGUUCCCGAUGCUGUCUCCCUUGUCCACCUUCCGCUCCAUCCCCAAGUCUUGCCCCCAUCAGUCCCACCUCCACACCAUCUCAGGUCUCUCCGGUCUCGCUCCCAAACACGGCUACCGCUGCUCCCGCUGCGCUCAGAGAAAGUGGCCUCCUAUACUCAUUCCUCCCCUGGAUUCUCUCAAAGACCCUCUGAAGCCCCCACGGGGUCUCAUUCUGCCCUCCUUGGACACACCUGUUAACCAGCAGAAGAACCCUCUACUGGGGGCAGGUUGCGUAGACACUCAUCACCCCCAAGCCACUGUUGUUCCAAAACCUGUUCAGAACAAAGUGGACAGCAGUGAAGGGAGGGAGAAGAAAGAAGGAGAGGUGUUGUCUGUUGGGAGAUUUCAAGUUGCUCACAUACCUGAGUACAAGCCUGUUACCACAGAAACAAAAACAUCAUCCCAGGAACAAAGAAACUCCCUGUUUGGUGGGAAACAUUUUCCCUCCUGUUCAUCAUCUGGCUUCAGGAGAUAAAAAGAUGCAGAGAGGCUGCAUGAUUAUCCUACCUCGUGAAAGAAGACUUCAAUAUCUGAUGGCAGCUUAAAUGCCAGGAUGGAGAUGCUCUUCAGAAAACUUAACCUCCACCUGCUGGAAGAAGAAGGAAUUGCUUCUCAUCGCAUGAUAAGACGAUCUCUUGAAGUCUUAAGCUGUCAAGAUCUUGACAGCUUGAUCUUAUGCUGCUCAAAGCUUAAUGCCCAGCCAGCAACGGUGCUGGAAAGCUAAUGAGUUUAAUGCAGGAGGAGGAUUUGUUUAAACCAAACAUCAAUGAAACAAAAGAUGCAAAAUCACUAAUUGUUACAGAUCAAAAUAUGGUGGUUCUGCUGCC